GUUGGGACCUGGGAGUGUUGACAUCUACAGGCAAGUGACACCUUCUUGCCAACGGAUCGAACCGGCUGGCAGCAAGGGACGGGAAGCUGCAAGGGGAGAGAGCGGUUGCCUUAUCAGAUCCUGCCAGGGACAGGGAUCAAAAGAGGUGAGCUGGAAGGGUUGCUCUUGCAGAAAGCAAAUCAAACAACUACUAUUGAAUGGCGGGGUAAAGGGAAAAGUGCUCAACAGAGGGGAGGCUUGGAAUACAAUACUUUGUACAGCAAACUCUCUUAUCCAGAGAAGAGUAUUCCUGUGUCUUUUGAAGUAGAGCCGAUCGCCUCGCGAUAUGGGAGUCCCAUCGUUCAUUUUGGAGAUGGAGCUUCAACCGUUGACGAGGUGGGGUGGCUAUUUGAUGGUGGGGGUCCCAGGGAACAUCGCAAUUGCAACGGUCGCCAGCAUACGGAGGGAGAAGCAGGUCCAAGAGAUCGGUCUGGCAGGUGAGGGUGUCCCAUCUUGGCAGUGAUGGAGUGGACGGGCGGGCAUAUUAAACCACCAGACUGUCCCACGCUGCUCAUCGUGUUCCCGAGACCCCGCCACCCAAUCGACAUGCGGCUGCCGUGUUGUAGGCUGUUUUGACAUAUCUCACAAAUCUUACUGACGGUAUACCAGGCACGGACUGGAUAAUUUCAGUUGUGCCAGAUUGGGAAUCUCCAUGAGCAUACCUUAGGCCGAAUCUUCUGGCAGUCCCUUCCCUGGAACAAAAUCAGGCAAGCAGCUCCCGACAUCCGACCUUCAGCGUUGAUUCAAGAUCUGACUUUUGUUUAUUUUCACAACUCAAGAACAGAGGCCAGGCUCUGGCUAAAUCGACGCCCCGAAUGCCUUCAGCGUGUCACCAACCACACAACGUUCGCUCAACGGAUAGCUCCAGACCGCUGCCCGCUGCCAACAUCAGCCAGCCAGCCAACAACUCCCACAAAAUCCUGACGGAAGAGGCGUUAUUAAGCUUUCAACGCCAACCUCAACUUUUCCCCACCUCGGCAUUUGCCAACGAUCUCGAAUCUUCCUGUACCGACGACACCUGGCCCGUGAGCGUCUCACCUUCCAGGAACGAUUACAAGCACAGUCACUGGAAGACAGUCCUCGAUGGUCACAGAUUAUCAGCCCAAGACAGUAUUCAUAUCCAUAUCUUGGCCUCAUCGAUAUCAUCAUCGACACAGUACCGACCCUGGUUGUACACCACGGCGGUGUACAAGGCUCUGGUCUGGGCCUCAAGCCGAGGACGGGAAGCCUCCACUUCACAAUGGCAACAUGGAGUGGCCAACGGACACGCCUUACAAUGCUCUUGCAUAUCAUCCUAUUCACGUCUCUGUCGAGGGCUGCUAAGGUCAUGUUCACGACAGGGACAGAUGUUGAUGGUGUGACACGAGAACUCGCUGCAAAUCGGUAUCCAGCUCUCUAUACUGGUGAUUAUGGCGACUGCAUGGGCGGAAACAGUCUAUUCAGCAUCAGCAAAUUUGAUGCUGCGUAUUAUGCCGACAACAUGACGAUAGUGCUUCAUAUGGACGGCACUAGCAGUUUGAGGAACGAGUCCCUGAUGAUGCGCAUUGCUGUUGACGCAUAUGGCGAAAACCGAUUUGAUAAGAUCGUAAAUCCUUGCAACCUCAACAUUGCUAGUCUGUGUCCUCUUCUUCCUGAUGUGCCAUUCCGAGCCUGGGUAGAAAUUCGUGUUGGCCCACAGCAGAUAGGGGGCAUACCUGACAUUGCUUACGAGAUACCCGAUUUCGAAGGCACGACACGAGUGCAAAUCUUUGCCGGCUCUGGUCAACAAGAGGCUGGAUGUUUCCAAGCUGCCAUGCAAAACGGGAAGAGUCUUUCGCACGCAUAUGUUAUCGCGCCCUUCAUGGGCCUUUUCACAAUGGUCGCCAUCAUCGCCUCCUUUGCCACUGCGGCAUACGGAAUAAGCGUCCCUCACAUGAGGAUGCACCACGCUCAUUCGCUCUCGGUCUUCAUCGUAUUCGAAACCUUCCAGACGAUAUUCUUCUCGGGGGCACUUUCUGUCAAGUGGCCAUCGAUCCUCGUUGCAUGGUGGGCAAACUUUGCCUGGUCCGCUGGCUUCAUCUACGCGCCCCCUUUUGUCCAGUCGAUCAACUCUUUUGCAGGCGUCCAGGGGAAGCUAGGGCACGUCGAUGGUUCCGGUCCUAUGAUUAUCAACAGAGGAGAGCAUUUACUUGACAAGAUCUAUGGGCGAUCUCUGAUGACCAGGGGCUCGUUCAACGCCACUGAUCCUUGGCGGUAUGAAUGGGGUGGUGAUCCAGUAGCCCCUGGGUUACCACUUCCAGGCACUUGGAGUGGCUUUCCUGCAACGCUAGCGGCCAUUGGAAUUCCAGCUGCCGAUGCCUUUGUGUUCGGCUUGCUUUGGUUUCUGAUAGCCGUCGCUCUGGUCAUGCUUGCCGUCAUUGGUGUCAAGAUCUUGUUUGAGGGUCUCGCGAAAGCGAGGCUGGUCAAAGAGGAUAGGCUUGCCUACUUUCGCAGCUACUGGGUCGGAUUCCUCGGCCAUGCGCUGUUACGGACACUGGUCAUUGGGUUCUUCAUGCUUAUGACCCUGGCUAUUUUCAAGUUCAAAAAUCGGGGCUCUGUUGGCGCGAUAGCAGUUGCGGCUGUGGUGUUCUUCGUUGUUUUGAUGGGGGUAACGUCGCUAGUGGCGUAUGGGGUCUGGUGUCGAACUCGACACGGUACUUUCACCAUCACGAAGGACCGGGCUGUUUUCUACCGAUCAACGUGGCGUGUUUCAAUAAUUUUGGAGACCAGGAUAAAGGAGCACAACUUGGAGGUCAAGCCUAUCCUCAGCAUCCCAGUCUACCGCCUUCGACACAACAACCAUGACGACGACUACCCUACCGUCCAUCUAGAUCAGCUGUACGUUAAGAGAUUUGCAUGGCUCACAGCGCGGUACAGACGCACACGGUGGUGGUUCUUUGCUUACUACAUUACAUAUUCAUUUGUUCGAGCAGCUUUCAUAGGAGGAGCUGGGGACGUUCCUCUUGUGCAGGUUUACGGUGUACUGGCGCUUGACAUAGUCAACCUUGCCAUCAGCGCUAUCUCAAAACCCUUCGAAGGAACUCGAAACACGGCUAUGGGUGUCUGGAUACUCGGCCUUUGCAAGAUAUUGACCACCGGCAUCUCGAUUGCUUUUCUUCCUCAGCUCAAAGUCAACCGUAUUAUCACGACUGCGCUCGGGGUAAUCAUCAUUGUGAUCCAGGGCUUCACUACCGUUGCCUUGAUCAUCUUGAUUAUCUUGAGCGCCCUUUCUUCGAGGCUUUCGCUACUACGGAAUCAAGAAGAGUUCACGCCACGAUGGCUCGACAAGGUUCGCAUCCGUUAUUUUGAAAAGAUGCAGACAAAGGCACAAGACAGAUGGAAACCCCCCAGGGGACUGGUCUCGAAGGAUGAUGAGAUAAAAGGACCAACAACACCGCCAUCGCCACACUUUUCCGUCACUGGUGUUCGACGUGGCUCUAAGAUCGAAGAUCACUUUGACGGCAGCACUGUAUACAAUUCGCAACAGUCGCUCCGUGAAAAAGGAAGCGACCAAUCCUUGACCGAGCAGCCUCGUGGCAGUCAGAGCCAGGCCGGUAGUGCCAGAUCUCGGCUGAGUACGGGGAGUCUGCCUCGGACGGGUCGUGUGAGUCGCAUGUCGUGGUCUUCAAGAGAGUGUGCGGAUCCGGCUUUGCUAGAGCGGCCGGAUAGUACUCUCGCCAAACGGUUGAGUGGAAUCACUUUUACCGUCACACCAGACGAUGGCAGUAGCAUGAUGACCAGGGACAAUGCCAGGGUGUCGGGUGAAUCGACCACCUCUCACGUCCGAUCGCAAGCCAGCUACCGCAGCUUCAGGUCACAGUCCACGUCGAGGGCGUCGAGUAUCCAUGAGAAGGCCAGCACUCCGACACCGACCCGGGAGACGUUUGGGUUGCCGGCGCUCACUCGUCCAUCGACAUUGCCAGAGGCUGCGGAACCAGACGAGUAG